AUGUUCGCAGCCGGCCUGCUCCUCCUCGGUGUCCUCUCCUUUUCCGCGCUGGGCCGGCCCACCGCGCACGCUCACGACCACUACGACACCCUCCACGCCGCGCCAGACGCGAUGCUCGACUUGCGCAUCGCGCUCGUCCAGGGGGAUCCAAAGGGGCUCGAGACGGCGCUGUACGACGUGAGCACGCCGGGGGGCGAGAGCUACGGGAAGCACCUCACGAAGGCGCAGGUGGAGGCGUUCGUCGCACCGAAGCCGCAGAGCGUCAAGGCUGUCAAGAAGUGGCUGGCGAAGAACAACAUCACGGCGGCGGCGCAGUCCGCGUCGGGUGACUGGCUGACCAUCAACUUAUCAGUUGGGCAGGCCAAUGCGCUGUUGGGUGCACAGUUCAAUGAGUACACGCACGACGCGACGAACAUCACGUCCCUUCGAACGAUGGCGUAUUCCGUCCCGUCGAGUGUCAAGGGCCAUCUCGACUUUGUCUAUCCAACCACAUCUUUUGUGGGACCUCUCGUCUCUCCCGCAACGGUCGAGAUCGUCGAUGUCACGCCAGGUCCACUGACCAACCGAAUGACGAAACGCAAGGUCGUCACUAUCACGCGUACCGUCACCACAGUUCGUGCAGCGCCAACCUCAUCGGCGGCGGCUGCAGUCACCCCUGAUGCAUCCUGUGUAAAUGUCAUUACUCCGAAAUGCUUGCAAGACCUGUACGGUGUUCCGUCAACCCCUGCCUCCGCCGGAGGCAAUAAUCUCUUCGUUGCGACUUUCAUCGGCGAAUCGGCGGAUCCCAGCGAUCUCACUCAAUUCCUGGGUACCUUCCGCCCAGACGUGAACAAGCGGACAACGUUCGGCGUACAGAGCGUUGACGGUGGCACCAACAAUCGCGUAGCCGCUACUACCGAAGCGAGUUUGGAUAUGCAGUACACUGUCGGCAUUGCCACAGGAGUCAACACUACCCAAGUUUCGGUUGGCACUAGCAACUCCGAUGGUAUUGCGGGCUUCCUCGACGUCAUCAAUGCCCUGAUCGCUCAGGAGGACGUCCCGCUUGUUCUCACCACGAGCUUUGGUUUCAACGAAAAAGACGUGCCGGUCGGACUAGCCAACAACCUGUGCAACGCUUACGCCCAACUGGGUGCACGCGGUACCACCGUAGUCUUCGGAUCUGGGGACGGCGGCGUCUCCGGGAUCCAAAACACGAGCUGUACAACUUUCCAGCCAACCUUCCCGUCCACGUGUCCUUUCGUCACUUCGGUCGGAGGGACGAAGGGCAUUGCUCCCGAGGCCGCGGCGUCCUUCUCCUCCGGCGGUUUUUCCAAUGUUUUCGGGCGGCCAUCAUAUCAAGACGCUGCUGUAAGUCAGUAUCUCUCCGCCCUUGGCAAGGGCAAUCAAGGUCUGUUCAACUCCUCGGGACGUGCCUUCCCGGAUGUCGCCACACAAGCGCAGCGCUUCCAAGUCGUGAAAGGCGGCAAGAUUAUUUCGGUCUCCGGUACUAGCGCAGCUAGUCCGACCUUCGCAAGUAUCGUUGCGCUACUCAACGACGCUCUUCUUAAGAAUGGCGGGAGCCCGCUCGGCUUCUUGAAUCCCUUUCUGUACCAGUCCGGAGCGAGUGCGUUCAACGACAUCACCCGCGGGAGCAAUCCCGGCUGUGGAAGCAAUGGAUUCACGGCCGCUGCAGGAUGGGAUCCUGUUACCGGCCUGGGGACACCGAAUUUCAACAGAUUGCUCUCCGCGGUGACCGGGAACAAGUAG